UUUAAGAGAAUUUCUCUUUCUUUCUUAUCCCAUUCGAAGCUUAUUUAUAGUUGCAUAAACACGUGCAUGUGUGUGCAACUGUGUGCAUGAUGUCAAAUUUGAUGGAGUAUUUGAAUGAAAAAGAAUAAUCCAGUCUUUGAAUUCAUUACUUUUUACACCUGGGUUUUGCUCAGUUUAUCUAAUCAGCUCUGAGGUGAAAUUCAGGGACUUUGACUCUUUCCUUAGCAAAAUUGGACUCGCGGCCAUCCCCUUUUUUGCUUUACUUGAGUUCUGAUUUGGAGAUGAGAGCAGUUCUUAGGUCCAUCAAGCAAUUCAGAUCAGCUUCUCGGUACAGAGGAGAUACUAUCUCUAACGGAUUUCCAAAAAGACAGCAUUUUUGGGUCAAUACGAGUGGAAGGGCAGCCUACAGUCUACACCAAUAUGCAGAUAUUCGCAGAUGUUAUCAUCCAUCUUACCUGUUCUCUAGAGGUUUGCAUGCUGAUGCUGCAAGAGUAGCUAAUGGAGAAGUAGAUAGAGCAGGGCCCCUUGUAGAAUACGAGCGAAGAAUUGCCUCUGGUGAACUUGUCGAUGGAGAUAUUUGCCAGUUAGGCACUUUGAGAGAACUUCAAAGGCUCUACGACCAGUUGGUUCAAAAUGCUGAUGCUUGCCAACUUGAUCGGUAUGCGGCAUCUAAGAAAGCAGGAAGGAGUAGGUGGUUGUGGUCACGUUUCAUACCUCAGUCUUCUUAUUCACCAGUGAAAGGGCUUUAUCUUUAUGGAGGAGUUGGCACUGGAAAAACUAUGUUGAUGGACCUGUUUUUUGAGCAAUUGCCUUCCAGUUGGAGGAAGAAAAGAAUCCAUUUUCACGACUUCAUGCUGAACGUUCAUAGCCACUUGCAAAAGCACAAAGGUGUUGCAGAUCCCUUAGAAGUUGUUGCUGGAGAAGUAUCAGAUGAAUCAAUUCUGUUAUGUCUUGAUGAAUUCAUGGUUACUGAUGUUGCUGAUGCAUUGAUACUAAAUCGUUUAUUUAGGCAUCUGUUCUGUAAUGGGGCUGUCCUUGUUUCUACAUCAAACCGUGCUCCUGAUAAACUUUAUGAGGGUGGACUGCAAAGGGAUCUUUUUCUGCCAUUUAUAGAUAUACUAAAGGAAAGAUGCGUGGUUCAUGAAAUUGGGUCAUCAAUCGACUACCGUAAGAUGACUUCGGCACAGCAAGGCUUCUAUUUCGUGGGGAAGAACUUAUCAAGCCUAGUUAACCAGAAGUUUUUCCAGUUGAUUGGAGAAUAUAGAGCUGUUCCUCAAGAGGUGGAAGUAGUUAUGGGAAGGACAUUACGAGUUCCACUCGGUGCUAAUGGUUGUGCUUACUUCCCAUUCGAGGAACUCUGUGAUAGACCACUUGGUGCAGCAGAUUAUUUUGGAUUAUUCAAGAAAUUUCACACACUAGCUUUGGAAGGUGUGCCACGUCUUGGUCUCCACAACAGGACUGCGGCAUAUCGGUUUGUCACUUUGGUUGAUGUUAUGUAUGAGAAUAGAGCUAGACUGUUAUGUACAGCUGAUGCAACUCCUAUUCAACUUUUUGAAAAGAUAGUCACAAUUGCUGAUGCUCAGCAAAUUUCUCCAAGAACAUCUUCUAGAUCAAGGAAAAAUGACGAUUCUGACAUUUGUGUGGACAAUGAAUUGGGUUUUGCAAAAGAUCGCACCAUUAGCAGGUUGACAGAGAUGAACAGCAGGGAGUACUUAGAGCAGCAUGCUGCAAUGUUGGCACAAAAGCAGCAGUCAUAUGAAGAGUGCAGUAAAAAUGCUUUACAUCCUCAAUAGUACCAAGAAAUUUUUUCCAACAUUGUCCUAUCCUGGAACACGGCUGUUAUCUGUAAGAUGUAGAUAUUACAUCUUCUUGUUUAGAGAAAUUUGGGGUCGUUUUCCAUGGUUCCCGAGAUAGAAGUACAAUUUUCAGCCGAUAAUCACUAGUUGGAUUGUAAAAAAAUUAUUACCACAUUGUGAAUCCUGUAUUGAAAAGCUAUAGCUACAUUAUGUAUUGAGAGAAGCAUUUGUUUUCAGACCCUGGAAUAAACGAGUAGCCUAUCAUCCUAUACUUUUUGCUCCCAAAAGGGGGAAAAAGGGAGAAAAAAAAACUGGGAUUCUAUGUAAUUUCCUAUUAUGGUGGCUGAUGAGAUUGCUGAGA